UCAUCGUCUGGACAACCCAACCAGCCUCCGGGGAGCAGAUGUGUGAUCUCCAUACCCGACGGUAGUCCGAACAUGGAGAACUUCUCACUCCUCAGCAUUUCUGGACCUCGAAUCUCUUCCUCAGCCCUGAGCACUUUUCCUGACAUUAUGUCCUCACACGCCACCAGCUUGCCAGACAUUGCAAAGACUGCGCUACCCUCCGAGGCGUCCAGCCCAGCUCAGGCCCUGCCAGCCCUGUACCACAGCAGUGCGUUCCGGCUCGGGGUGCAGAACCUGGGGUUCUCUCCAGACUGCAUUUUGAGGGACCCCCAGAACGGGGAGCAGCUGAGGCGGAACUGCACCAUCUACCGGCCCUGGUUCUCCCCUUACAGCUACUUUGUCUGCACAGACCAGGAGAGCCACCUGGAGGCCUACAGCUUCCUGGAGGUGCAGCGGGACGAGGGCAGGGGGGACAGCUGCCUUCCCGAGGACCUGGCUGAGAGCAUCUGCUCGUCCUCUUCCUCCCCAGAGAACACCUGCCCCCGAGAGGCCAGCAAGACGUCUAGGCAUGGCCUGGCCUCCACGGACUACAUCACGUCCCAGGACAUUCUCACGGCCUCCAGGUGGCACCCGGCCCAGCAGAGCGGCUACAAGUGUGCGGCCUGCUGCCGCAUGUACCCCACUCUGCACUCCCUCAAGAGCCACAUCAAGGGGGGCUUCAGGGAGGGCUUCAGCUGCAGGGUGUACUACCGCAAGCUCAAAACCCUCUGGGGCAAGGAGCAGACGGCCCGGCCUGGGGACCGGCUCUCCUCAGGCAACUGCCAGGCCUUUAAGUAGCCUGGUUGGGGGUGGGGGCUGGCGGUGGCAGCUGUCCCGUUAGUGGGCGCCUCAGGUAAAGCGGGAAGGAAGCCCGUUCGUGCCUCCAGAGAGAUGUCAAUAAAG